AUGUCUCAAUCAUACGACUUCCUGGUCGGCACCUUCAACACGCCACACCUCUACACCCUGAGAUUCACACCUCCGGCGACGCCUUCAUCAUCGACACCAUCAAAAGGGUCCUUGUCAAGCUCUGGAAGCCUGCAGAUCGUGCACCGCGCCUCAGCCAUCGGCUCACACUCGUGGCUUCACCUGUCGCCGCCCAAGGCGAACGGCACCCGAAACCUGUACGCCACAGCAUGGACGGAGCCGCCCUCAGUCGUGGCAUACACGGUCAAGUCACCCACAGACAUCGAACUGCUGGGCAGCGCCCAGACAAAGACACGCAGCGGCUAUGUCACUGCCAACGACGUGGCCGUCUAUUCCGCCGGCGGAGCCACGGGUGAAGUCUUCAGCGUCGACCGGAACACAGGGGCCUUCCUGGCUCCCGACACCACACCGAAAUCCAACGGGACAACAUCACACCCGGCACCAUCAUCGACUUCAACAUCGAUGAUCCAACCACUCCAAACUCUGUCGUUCGUCGACGCAUCCGCCCAACGAGACGACGGCAGUGUCAUGGACUUCGGCGGCCUCCGCCACGGCGCACACUCCGCGGACCUGUCGCCGUCCGGCCGCGCCUUGUACGUAGCAGACAUCGGCCGGAACUGUAUCUGGACGUACAAAGUGUCGCUGACCGACGGCACCCUGACGCUGGGCGAGAAACAUAUCUCGCCGCGCCCGAACGACGGGCCUCGCCACGUCUGGCCCCACCCGACGGGCAAAUAUGUCUACUGCGUCCAGGAACACACGAGCAUCGUCGACGUCUUCUCCACGCGCGACGCCGAUGGUGUCUAUCUGACCCACGAACAGGCCGUGCGUAUCAUCCCCGCCGACCAGCACGAGCGCGAGUUCUGGGCCGACGAGGUCCGCACUAGCUUCUCCAACGGCGACGCUCCCAAGUACCUGUACGCGAGUACGCGAGGCCUGGAGCCCGGCAAGAAGGGCUAUGUCGCUGUAUACAAGCUCACUAGUGAUGGGAGGGUGGAUACUUCAGUGUCUGCGUCAACCGCAUCUUCCACGACCCAAACUAAUCCUUCUUCCGACCUGUAUGCCGGCCUGUUGUGCAUGUACGAGACCGCCACGAGCGGCGGCUGGGCCAACGCCGUCCAGCCCGGCCCGACCGUCGAUGGAGUCGAGUACCUGGCGUUGACGGACAGUGAGCAAGGCUGGGUUUUCGUCUUGAGCUGGGACGGAAAGGAGAUCAAAGAGGUCGCCCGCGCGAAACUGGAUGAAGGUGCGGGCGCUGCAACUGCGGUGUGGCUCUAG